AUGAGUGAGAGCACUUCUUCGAUUAAUGCCUCCAGGAAAACACGUUCAAAACAGAAAAAGAACAUUAAAAAGAAGUUGACUAAAGAAGAAGCUGAGGCUAUCCUCCAGAAAUUAAUUGAUCUGAAGGUCAAUAGCCCCAAGGUAGAAGCUCUGAAAGAGCAUCUGGAAAUCAUCACUAAAUGGGAAAAAGAGUCUAGCAAGUACUGUGAAGAAUGGGAAAAUGAAGGUUCCAGUCCGAAUGACCAAAAUUUGGACCAGUUGAAAGCCCUCAUCUCCCAGUCAAAAACAUUCAGAUACAAGGUGAAAUUGGUUUACAAAGUCCAGGAUAAACUUGACCUCCUAGAAUGGAGAGAUGAGGCUCAAGAGACACUCAAAGAGCUCCAAUCGUCUAAAUGAAAUAUUUCAUUAGAAGAUAUAACAAAGUUAAUAUCUGAAUGUCUGAAAAAAGGAUUCGCUGAUUCUAAAGAAAUGAAGGAGCUUCAAAAUUUGCUUGAGAAAGUGAAUCUCUACAAGCAAAAAGCUCUCUCCAUCCUCGAAGUAAUGGAAAGCAGUGAUGAAGAGUCAGAAAAGGAGAGCAAGAUCCAACAAUCUGAUGAAAAUAGUAGCUCUAAAGAAGGGAUUUCAGACAGAAGAAUCUCUAUAGAGUCUAAUCUAAAUGACUCAGAUACUAGCUGGAACAAAAAGAAUUAUUACAAGGAUAAAAUCAUUAUCCAGGAUACUGAAAUCAACAAGGUAAAGGACAUCAUCAAAGAAGGCAAGGAGCUAAACCUCAACCUCAUUAUCGUGGAUAUCCUCGAGUCAGAAAUAGAAGAAAUUGAGGAGUGGCUAACUGAAUCCAAGACUAUCCUUGACCCUACUAGAAACAAGGACUUCAAGUUCAAAAUAGUCGAAGAGUUAUAUGAAGACUCUAAGGAACUCAGAAUUAAGCAUAAAGAGAUCAAGAAGGUCCAAGAUGCCUUAUACCCAAUCAUUGCAUGGGAGAAGGAAGCUUCGAAGUUCAUUGAGAAACUAAACUCUAAACCCAAAGGGAAAGGGAAAAAGAAGGUGGACCCAUUAGGUAAGAAGAUUUUAGAUGCGCCUACCAAAGAGGACAAAAAGUCUGCCCUCACUCCUUACGAGAUAUUGACUAAGCUUCCCCUCUUCUUCGAAGAAACCCAAGAAGAUGUAAAAAUGGAAGUAGAGGAAACCAAAGAAGAGACUAAGGAAAAAGAACCUACUCCCGAUGUAGAAAUGGUGCCUGAUAGAGAAGAAUUUAAAGAAAAAGAGAAGGCCAAGGAUGACCAUGAUAUAAUCUGCGCUCCCAAAAUCAAGAACCCUACAUUCAGAGUGCGGAAAAUAUGUAAGAGUCGAGAUAUGGGCCUUGAGGUUGAUAACUUACUUGACGAGACCUCUAGAAAUUUGAAAUUCAACAAUAUCCUAGUGGAUUCCUCGAUAGAGAAAAUUUUCAAAAUCGAGCAAACAAAGGCAGGAGAUCGUGAUGCUAAGUCAGAAGGGGAUAUAGAAAUGAAUAAUAAAAAGUCUCUCGAACCUCACACUAAAAAGCCGAUGCAACCUUAUAAAGAAAUAGAUGAACUUUUUGAUGAGAAAGGCAGAAUCAGGUACAAUACUCCUGUUACCAAAACUUUUGAUAAAGAACUCAAUGAGAAAUUAGAAAGCCUCAUGAAGGACUUUAGAGGGAGAGCUAGAAAAUCAAAGAAAGAACAAGAAGAAACUAAACAAAACAAGAAUCUUGAAUGAAAUACUCUCACUAGAAACUCUUUAUCACCUUCGAAGAAAUAUUGGCUCAAAUUUGACAAGAUCGAACAACUCUACAAGAAAAUUACUGACUUAAGAAAUGUCUGCGAGAGCUGGAAGGCGAGAUGAAUUGAGAUUAUCAUCUUCGGGGCUCAGCAUGGUCAUGACAAGUACUUAUUUGGAGAUGUUCCCCAGCAAGACCUCGACCAAGAAAACAUCAUUGGGAAAAUUCCAGAAUCUAUCAUAGCUGGUGCUGCCUCUCAGAUAAAUAUGAAUUAUGGAAAGAAAGACCAGCAAGGGAGUAUUCCUAUCAUCUAUGAUCCUGAUAUUAUAAAGAUCCUGCAAUCUCAUGUUGAUAAGCUAAACUGGAUGAAAAAGCUGACCAGUAUGUUCAAGGCCAACAAACUCAAUACAGCAAAUCCAAACGUGGUGAAAUACAAAAGAAUAGACAUGCUUGACAAGGAAGGGAAAAAGUUCAAAAACGAGGAUAAACUUCUUCAGAAACUAUUUAAAGAUAGAACUGAUGUACCUAAGCUAACUCCAUCAGUCAUCCUCAAUAGAGUCCAGACUGAAUUCAAUUCAGUCUUUGCACAUACCCAGAAGUGGAUGGAAAGACUUGAUGAAAUGAGGAACUCAGAAGACGAGGAGUCUAAAGAAGAUAACAAAAACAUCAAUGAUGAUGACCUCUGGACAAUGCCAGAGUUAGAAGAACUCAUCAACCUUGGGAAAGAUCUCAAAAUUAUCCCAACAGAGUACCAAGAUGUCAAGAAGAUUUACAAAGUGGCAAAGGAUUGGAAGGAGAGGGUUCUCGCUUUAUUCAACGGACACCCAAUGAGUAUUCCUAAACAAAUACAGGAUUCUACUAUAAAGACUACUCCAAUUAACAUAGAAUUGGAUACGCUUAUCGAACUCUUAGAAGAGACUAACUCUGAGAAAUUUGAGGUAGAACUACCAGAGAUCAGCCUAAUCCAGCAACUUAUCUCUCUGGCUCAAUGAUGGCAGAAAAAGGCGAAGAAAAUGAUAGAUGGCUUCUCACCUUACCUGAUCAGUUAUGAUUACACUGAAGUCGAGAAAGUCAGAGAACAACUUAUCCAAAACCAUGAGCUCAAGAAAAGUAAGAAAAAGAGAGAUAAAUAAAAACGAAUCAAAAAUCGAAGAAGAAAAAUCCAUGGCUGCACCCACUAAGCAGGAUAAUAAGUCUGAACACACUCCUGAGUUAAAAUCACCACUUGAGCUGCUCGAAAGAGUAGAAGUGAAGAGCUGCGAUUCAGGAAAAGGGUCUCCAAAGAGCUCCUCAAAAUCUGUGAGCUCUUCAGACUCUAUCUUAGUCGCUUCAGUUUUGGGAUCCUCGACAUUAUUUGAUUAUUCAGAGGACAUCUUUUGUCAUUGUUGUACUCCCAAUCAAUCUGACUCUGCCUAUAUUGGCUGAGACAUAUGUGAUGGAUGGUUCCAUUACGAUUGUAUUGGAAUAGACACUAACACAGAAAUUGACAAAUACGAAUGCAAGACCUGCUCAAUCCUCAACAAUAGAAAGUAUUCAGCUGUAAAGUAUCAAACCAAGCCGUUUGGAUUUGCCCACCUAUCAGAAGCUGAACAGCAAGAGCUAGCUCCGAAAUAUGACAAAUUUCUCAUGCAAGCUCCUGUAAAAAUGGAAGAAUACGAUAUUCUCUUCAAUAUCUUCUGGAGAGUUAAACUCUGGAGAAUGCAAGCCAGAAUCUACAUCUCAAAGGGUGUAAAUUUCGCUGAAAUAAGGAAGCUUCAAAAAGAAUCAGAGAAGGAUGAAAGCUCAAAUAUCCUCGUAGAAAAAGAAAAGAAAUUGCAGAAAAUGAUAAAUGAGUGCGAGAUUUUCCCCUUCCCAGUCCAAGAGAAGGAUGAACUGAUAAAUCUCCUGAAAGAAAUCAAGUAUGUCAGGAAUGUAUUUAAUCAGAAUGAGUAAAUCUACAUCU